ACACCUAUUUUCAGGGGUUAUACAAGCAGUUUCCAAAACAAAUCCAAGUCUUGGGCAGUUUUAACAAAUUCGUGAUGUGGACCACCAAGCACUUUCCCUCAUUACUAAUCAAUUCAUGUCUCAUUCGAGAACAACGACAGUUCCACGCAGUUGUUUGUUAUCAUGCUAAAUUCCUUGACGUGAGGCAGAAAAAAUACGACAAAUAUUUCAAGGUAUUGGGCAUUCAAACUGAUAGCACUCAAGAGCUGGUUCGGCAAAGAUAUAUUCAACUCGUAAAACAGUUCCAUCCAGACACUGGAAAAGAUGCGUGCAUGGAAAAGUUUUUAGAGGUGGAUCAGGCCUACAAGCAGCUACAAAUUAAGUUUAUGGAAGAUCAAGGCGAGGACAAAAGUUACCUGAGUGAAUGGGAUACUUUUACUCACGAACACUCCGAGGACAAAGAAGAGGAAAAGCCUUACGACCAUCCCGACAUUAGGCAUACUGCUCCUCAACACAGACAAUAUCUAGAUAAUGAAGGGUUUGGUUUUGGCACUCCCGGGCAAAGGCAACGCCAAUAUCAGAAGAUCAGGGCCAUGAAGGCCGCCGAUUCAGUGCUUCAACAUCGAGUGGACAAGCUCAGCUCCAAAUACGAGACCGCAUUGGCCACUCAAGAGAGGGCUCAGACCAAGAAACACAUGACUCAGAAUGCCAUGGAACGCCUGGUGGAAGAUCUGAUCACAGAGUCCAUGUCAAAGGGUGAAUUUGAUAAUCUCCAGGGAAGUGGAAAGCCCCUCAGACAUAGGCUCGAUUUUAACCCUUACAUGGAUUUCACUGCCCACAAAAUGAAUGAAAUAUUAGUCGAGGGCGGGUUUGCACCGGAAUGGAUUAUGCUGAAGAAAGACAUAGCAUUAGAAAAAACCAAUAUACAAGAGCUUCUGACCAAGAAACGGUCAAUGCUUGGUCGAUAUCCCCUUUGUGAUGAAGAACAGCGACAAUGGGACGAAAUCUGCAUGAGGAUAAAAAACGAUGAAGUGAAGCAACUGAAUAAUAAUAUAAAUAGGUACAAUCUAAUUGUACCAAUGCUCAACGGCCAAAUGUUUCAUCUGAAUUUUGAGGCCGAGGCUCAAAGGAUAUUGCAAACUUGCAUGUGCUUAGAGGAUGUUCGGAAGUUGGCCGAUGAGCAAAGAAAAGUCGACUUGGGAGACACGACGCCAGUGACAAGUGAACCUUUCUUUCAAAAGCUAAUAAGGCUAUUAAGCUCUUAUAGGAAAAACCUACACCGUUCUUCUUGACAUACCGUAUGGAUACCAUUUUGAUCGGAUAUCAUGAUAUUAAACAAAGCUCUCGUUCUCACGCAA